AUGAAACCCAAAGUCAAUGUGAAGAAGUUUGACGGAGGAAAUUCAAGGUUUUCAAAAUCUAAAGAAAAUAUACAGAAACAAAAAGGUUUGAUUGAAAGUUAUGACAUGACACAAGAUAGUGGAAUAAAUAGGGAAAAUGAAUUGAGAACAAAAAUACGGUUUGAUAGAUGUAAAAUAAAAGGUGAUGAAGUUGUUGUUAUAAACUCAUGUUCAAGAAAAGAUAAUGUUACUGUCAAGAAGCUUGAUGAAGAUGAAGACUCUGAUUUUGAAGAUGACAAACCUGUGUGUAAGUCGAGAGAAGAAGCUACUGAAAGGUUAAUUUCUUGGAAUAGAAGAGAGAAGGCGGCCACAAAGAUGCUCAUGUCAUGCAUCAUUACCAUGUCACUGGUGGUGACGACUACAAGAAACUUUUUUCUAGGGUGUCACCGACUUCCAAUUACGUUUCCUCAACCGCCUUCUUUCAACGGAUGAGUAUCUGCUCUGCGAUUUUGCGUCACUUAAAGAAUCCUACUACUUGGAAUGAAACAUGUGUGUAAUAUAUAUGAUUAUUUAAUUUUCAAGUUUUGGAUUAAGAUGCUGUAUUAGUAUAACCAAAUGUAACUUUGCCUAAAAUUAUGUUUGGAUAGUUGACCAUAUUUUAAAUGCUAAAGAAAGUAAGGAUACACGUGAGCUUUCUAAUAGGU